AUGUCUACCCCUUUCAAAGUCGCCAUUGUGGGCGGGGGGAUGACCGGCCUCAUCGCCGCUCUGACCCUCGACCGAGUCGGCAUCGACUUUUUCCUCGUUGAGGCCUACCCGGACGUCAACCCCGACGUCGGCGCCAGCAUUGCACUUUACCCCAACUAUCAGCGUGUACUGGACCAGCUGGGUGUGCUGGAUCAUGUCCUGGCGGAGUCGGAAGAGCUGCGGACCCUGACGUGCCGUGAUGGCAAUGGCCGGCCGGUGUUUACGCAUCACGUUGCCGAGGCUAUCCACGCCCAGACGGGCUACGGUAUCGCGACGUUCAAGCGAUCACAGCUGCUGCGUAUCCUCCACGAGAACCUGAGCGCUGAGGGCAAGGCCAAGGUGCAUGGCUCACAACGAGUUACGCGCAUUGAGGAGCUCCCUGGGGACGAGGAGGGAGUGAGGUUGCACUUUGAGGGAGGCCAGACUCGCGAUGCCGACAUCGUCAUCGGUGCUGAUGGCUCGCACAGCAUCGUUCGAUCCGAGAUGUGGCGCUUGGCUCAACAGACAGACCCCAAGGCUUUUAUCGGUGAUCAGCGUGAAGACAUGGUCACUGAGUUUGGCGCCGUGUUCGGACUGUCUCACAACACUGGUGAUCUCCGAACCGAUUACGCUUACCAAAUCUCCUCUCAGGACAUGACCAUCGGCCUCUUUGGCGGCCAGAAUGGCGAAGCCCUCUGGUUCCUAUUCUUCAAGGUCACAGAUGAGAACUCGCCCGGCCGCAAGAGCGCGGCUGAGAUCCCGACGUGGACGAAGGAGCAAGGUGCCGAGAUCUGCAGAAAAUACUUCGACGUCAAGCUCAGCGACGGAACUACCUUUGGCGAAGUUUACAACAACGCGUACCGCAUCACGACUCACGCCUGCCCCAUGCACACCCUUCGAAGGUGGACGGCCGGGAGACUUAUUUGUCUUGGUGAUUCCGUUGCGAGGGCAAACCCGAUUCUCGCUCAGGGAGGUGCGCAAGGCGCCGAGUCCGUUUUGAUGCUGGUCGAUCGUCUCAAGGCCGAGCUGCAGAAUAAGAAGAAGCAGCAGCAUAAGCAAACCUCUUCCGAGUCAGACUCUGAUGAUGAAGUUCCUAAUUACAACGUGAAACUGUCCAACACCGAGGUGGAGAAGCUCUUGACUGGCGUUGCCGAGGAGCGCGAGCCAAGAGUACGCAGCUUCAUCGCAGACAGUCAGAAGAUCAUGCGCAUCUCGGCCUGGUCUGGAUGGUUGUUCCGCCUUGUGGGCAAGUAUAUCGCACCCUGGCUGCCCACGUGGGUGAUUGUCGCGCAGGCACUUGGGCCAUGGAAAGGGGCGUAUCUGUCAAGCAGUCUCCCUGCUCCAAGCAAAAAGCCAGCCGGCAGCGCUUAA